AUGCGGACUCGCGGGGCAGCAAGACGAGCUGCCCAAGCUGCGGCAGCGGCCGAAGGCCCUCUUGUUCCAAUUCUCCAGACGACCGGAGAAACUCCGACCGGCGCUGAAGACAAUGCUGUGAUUGCGGGAGUUUCACUUCUUGACCAACUCGCCCCCCCUAGCAAUUCAGUGCCUGCAAAGUCUCCAGCGCAUUCUCCCGCUGCCUCAUCGACUGAGCCUAUCACCCCCCCAGACAUUGCCACCUCCAAGCGCAAGUUUGAAGCGACGUUGGCUGAACCGUUGGCUACCAAGACUCCCGCGAAACGCACACGUCGGACCAAGAAGACCGCUCAGCCGAUCAAAGGUGGUUGGGUUCUUCCCCAUGGUAUGGGUUUGGUCACGCAGAAUUCAGCUGUUGCCCUAGAUGAGACCGAGAAGACUUCAGUGGGCAGUGAACCCGAGCCCAUUUCUGAAGACAAUCCGGCAGAUCAACUCCAGACGGACGAACACCCCGCCGUCCCAGAUCCCGAGAUCGUUUUGACGCCACCAACCUCACCUUCCGCGAGUGCUCAGCCUUCAACCAAAUCUCCGUCUGAAAGAGCUGCCCCAAGGAAAGCAACUGGCAGAAGGGCUGCCCCCAGAAAAGCAGCUCCAAAGACUGCAGCCAGACAAAAACGCAUUGGCUAUCGUGUCACCAAAGCCAAAGCCCCUUCAAAAGAAGACAGCAAAUCAGAGACAUCCAGUCAGCUGGAAGUAGAUGUUAAGCAGGAAGUAGCUGUCGAAACUGCCUCAAGGAUCACUAAGGCAGAAACAGUUGUCGGUGACUCCGAGACUGUUGACGAGAACCUGCAUGUCACACACCAAGAAGAGAUCAUUGGCCGGGUUACUCGUUCCCGUACUGCUGUCACCGCCCAAACAGUGGUCAAGUACGAGGAAAAGAUCCCAGAGCAGACCGUUGUUGUUACCAAAAAGGAGGAAGUCGCUGAGGAAAAGACCAGCAUUGUUGCGACUACUCGAAAGCUCAUCAUCUUCAAAGGGGCCACCUUGAAGGACAACCUCGUCACCAAAAGUCUGGGGAAGAUUGUGGUGGAUGCCUCACAGAUUCUGAAUCCCGAUUACAGAACCCAAGUCAAGCGUGGCCAAAACAAUCCUUAUGGGUUGACGCCCGGUUACAGCCCAUAUCCCUACAGAAGAGUCCCCACCCCCGAGGCCUGCGAAGAGGUUCACAGGAUCCUGACGGAGAUGCACGGGGAGGUUAAACAGCCGGACAGAAUCCCCACAGCCUCUCUGGAAAUUGCUGGUUGCGGUGAGGUACCUUGUGUCCUUGACGCUCUUUUACGCACACUCAUCAGCGGUAAUACUUUGAUGGCCAUGGCUGAUGCAGCGAUCAGAAAUUUGGGGAAAGACUUUGGGAUUCGUACAGAGGGAAGCGGUGCGGGUAGUAUUGAUUGGGAGAAGGUGCGGGUUUCAUCGCCCCAAGCUCUGGUGAACUCGAUCAGAAUCUCUGGCAAUGGCCCCAAGAAAGCUCAACACAUCAAGUUAAUCCUGGACAAAGUGUAUGAGGAGAACCUUGAGCGCAUGAAGCAGGCUGGCACUGCCGAAAACACUGACAAGGAUGGCGCUCCCCCCGAUCUUCUUUCGCUCGACUACAUGCACGCCAUGACCAAAGACCAAGCGAUGGAAAAGUUUGUGAGCUUUCCUGGAAUUGGCAUCAAGACAGCCGCCUGCGUCUCACUCUUUUGCCUGCGCAUGCCGUGCUUUGCUGUCGAUACCCAUGUUCAUAAGUUUUGUCGCUGGCUUGGUUGGACGCCAGUCAAGGCUGACCCUGACAAUGUCUUUCGCCACGGAGAUUUUAUGGUGCCGGACCAUUUAAAAUACGGGCUACACCAGUUAUUUAUUCGUCAUGGACAGACCUGCUUCAAAUGCAGGAAGAACACCAAGCCCGGCACCAAGGACUGGCUUGGGGCCCCCGAUUGCCCGCUUGAACAUUUGCUCGAUCGAAGCAAAGACGAUGCUAAGCCACCGGCGCCCAAGAAACCGAGAAAGAUGAGAAAGAAAGCAGAACAGGACGAGGAUUCGGAAGAUUCGGGUGCUGUCAAGGGAGAGGAAUUUGAAGAUGAAGGCACAGACGAUGAAGAUGAGGAGCAGCAUGGCCCAGAGCAGAUGGCUGACGAGGAGGAGAAGGCCAAUGAGGAGGGGAAGGUCAGCAAAGAGGAGAUGGCCAAUGAGGAGGAGGAGGAGGAUGAAGAUGAGGAGGACGAAGAAAACGGGAAGAUUGGCGAGGACAAUGUGGAUGAUGAUGAUGAGGAGGAGGAUGAGGGUGAGGAUGGUUUCAAUCAAGAGGAGGAGGAUGCUAAUGUGGAUGAAGGCAUGGAUCGUGUGGAAGAAGAUGACGGAGAGGAUGCUGACGAGGAAGAGAAUGAGGACCAGGACGUUGAUAUGGAGGAUGAGGAUGAGAUUUAG